CAACAACAAACAUCUUUACAAUUUUUGGAUCAAUAUCUCAACAGAACACUGGUUUACAUCACCUUCUUGGCAGCCGCGACUUUCCCUAUCCACUAGACUUAAAAACAAGUGUCCCUGACAGAAGCUGACCAUUCAGAACCUCUGCUACCUGCCUGAACUGUUGUCGUCAGCAUUCCAAUACAAGCAAAUACAAGCAUAGAUACAAGAGACGAUGAAGAGUUAUUACCAUCAUCCUCCGUCGUCAACUCAACCAACAAGAAUGAACGAUCGAAUGGUAAGCAUCGCGUCAAGGUAUCCACUCGCUUUACAUACAUCGAAGCUAAGGGCAAAACAUACAACAAACUCGAUCUGGCGAGCGGAUAUUCCCUAAAAAUUUGAACGAGCAGCUUGCUUGAUAAACAUCUAACGCCAUAGUGCAAAUCCACCCGUGAAGUAUCGGAACACCAGGGUGGAGUUUGACUAAAGAGAAAGUAUUUGGCUGCUUGGUAAGGCAACAAGUCUAAUUAUUAAGCAAAGAUCGAUAUACCGUGAAAUGCCGGCCUGCCCCUCGGCCUCCUCGUUGGUCGUCUUAGCCAGCGUGCUGCUCAAAAUAGGCUUGAUUUGGUCCGCUAAAUGUAUAUUAUAUUCACUUAUAUUGCCUUUCAUUGUCACCUCUGCAGGCGAACGACACGAAGACCCUGUAAAACCACUCUAGCUCUCUCAUCAUGUCUACUGCCAUUACGCUCUUUUGUGUUGCCAGCAAACCAAACGACACCCUACCAACUUUUUCUCCCUUUGUGCUGAUGACCAAAGCCGACUCUGCGUAUCAGUCUUCUGGGGGACGUCAUGACUUGUAAAAACUAACCACAGAGCUCAGUAUCCUUCGCGUAACCUACGAAAGUGUUAACAAAAGCCUCUGCGGAAUUCGCUACAAACUUUCGGAGGAGGCUAAGAAACCUAAUGUAACAGUGCCGGCUAUCAAAAUGGGAGAUGUGUACAUCACAAACACUUGGGAGAUUGCCGAGUGGCUCGACGAAAAGUACGGUUUCAACAAGACGCUCUUUCCAUCAGAAGGAGAAAAGACUCACAAAGAGACUCACAAAGUUUUUUUAACUCUGGAGCAACAAAGCCGUAGCAGCUGAGAUUGUGCCUUUCGUCGCCUCUACCGUACUAUUACAUGAUGGUCAUGGUGAAGAAUUGAAAAAGAAAAAGAAAACGGUUGUUAGUAGGAUACCUCAAUGUUGUUCCCAAUACGUUCCCGUCUGGAACAGUAAUAGAUUAAUGUGGUGUGCGUGUAGCUAGCCAGUGUGAGACCAUCCAGGGGGGCCUCAAUCUUAAAACAAGAAGGGUUUAGUAAUAAACUAAUAAGCCGAUCCAGA